CUCAAGAAUCGAUCCUUCAUUCAGUCGACUCGUCGGGUGCCUCCUUAUCUUAAUCUCAGUGUCCCGUACUUUGUAUUUUGGACCCGAAAAUGACAUGGAAUGAAAAACGCUUCCCUUCUUCUUCGUCUUCAACUUCUUUUCUCUCUCUACCAAAGCUUAAUAACAAUGGCAGAAAUAACCCAUCCUCCUAUGGACCAGCUUCAAGACCUUGAUUACUGCAUAGACUCUAACCCUCCUUGGGCUGAAACCAUCCUAUUAGCAUUUCAGAACUACAUCCUGAUGUUGGGUACAAGUGUAAUGAUCCCUUCAUUGCUUGUCCCAGCAAUGGGUGGAAGCGAUGGGGACAAAGCACGGGUAAUACAAACUUUGCUCUUCGUAGCUGGCAUUAACACGCUUCUACAAACACUUUUCGGAACAAGGUUGCCAGCAAUUGUCGGAGGCUCUUAUGCUUAUGUCAUCCCAAUAGCCUAUAUAAUCAAUGACUCGUCAUUGCAACGAAUUAGCAAUCAACAUGAAAGAUUUAUACAAACGAUGCGAGCUAUUCAAGGAUCUCUUAUUAUAGCCUCAAGCAUACAAAUUAUGAUGGGAUACAGCCAACUUUGGGGUCUUUUUUCACGGUUUUUCAGCCCUCUGGGUAUGGCACCAGUGGUUGCAUUGGUAGGCUUGGGACUGUUUCAGAGAGGAUUUCCUUUGCUGGGAAAUUGUGUGGAAAUUGGGCUGCCUAUGCUGUUGUUGGUGAUCGGCGUGUCGCAAUAUCUAAAGCAUGUGAGACCGUUAAGAGAUGUCCCUAUUUUUGAAAGGUUUCCUGUAUUGAUCUGUGUUGCAAUCAUUUGGAUCUAUUCCCUUAUACUGACUGCCAGUGGGGCUUACCGUGACAAGCCAAAUGGUACUCAAUUUAGUUGCCGUACUGACAGAGCAAAUCUCAUAUCUACUGCUCCAUGGUUCAAGUUCCCAUACCCUUUUCAAUGGGGUCCUCCUACAUUUUCAGCUGGCCAUUCCUUUGCUAUGAUGUCUGCUGUUCUAGUGUCUAUGGUUGAGUCGACCGGAGCAUACAAGGCAGCAUCUCGAUUGGCUAUUGCUACUCCACCUCCAGCUAAUGUGUUAAGCCGUGGCAUUGGCUGGCAGGGGAUCGGCAUCUUGCUUGAUGGUCUAUUCGGAACAGGCACUGGUUCUACUGUUUCUGUGGAAAAUGUUGGACUCCUUGGACUAAGCCGAGUUGGAAGUCGCAGAGUUGUACAGAUAUCUGCUGCCUUCAUGAUAUUUUUCUCAACCUUAGGAAAAUUUGGAGCUGUCUUUGCAUCCAUACCUUUCCCAAUAUUUGCAGCACUAUAUUGUGUUCUCUUUGGCCUUGUGGCUUCAGUUGGAUUGUCCUUUCUCCAAUUCACGAACAUGAAUUGCAUGAGAAACCUCAUUGUUACAGGGCUAUCACUCUUCCUUGGAAUUUCCAUCCCACAAUUCUUUAAUGAAUAUUGGAAUCCAACUCGCCGGGGCCUUGUUCACACCAAUGCAGGAUGGUUCAAUGCAUUUCUGAACACCAUAUUCUCAUCUCCGGCAAUGGUUGGUCUGAUCGUCGCGGUGUUUCUGGACAACACGUUAGAGGUGGAAAAAUCAAAGAAAGAUCGAGGGAUGCCAUGGUGGGUUAAGUUCAGAACAUUCAGAGGAGACAAUAGAAAUUACGAGUUUUACACUUUGCCAUUCAAUCUCAACAGGUUCUUUCCACCAACUUAGUGAGAUUCAAUAUCAGGCAAGAAUCAAAGCUAAUUUCAUUUGGCAAAUCCAAUCCAAUCUGAUUAUUAACAUGGAUUUGAUGCCCUAAUCUUUCCUUCGGUUUUGAUUCCAAUUUUUUUUUGUGAGUGGUAAAAUAAUAAUAAAGGAAAUCAGUUUUUCUGCUGAAAUUUUCUCGGUUUUUCUGCGCAAACAAACAUGAACCCAAGGCUUCCCAUGUCGAAAAGUUUGGGUAUUGUUUCGCAUUAACUCAAAUUAAAUAACUAACGAAUCUCAUCACUAAAAAAAAUAAAAUAUAUGUUUUCUUCGCUUACACGAGCCACUAGCAAAGGAUCCUUCAAAAUUGAUAUUUAAAUGUUCCAAUAAAUAGGAAUCACGUCUCACAUUCCCACAUCGAAAAAUUUGGAUAUACAUUGUGAUCUAUAUGACUCUGCAUUAAUUGACAUCAAUCAAUUUUGCAAUUUUAAAUUAAUGACGUAUUCUGUCUAAAAAAACAUGAACUCAAAAGUUCAAAAGCGUUUGAAAUCUAAAUUAAAACUAAAAAAAUAACAAAUGGCGAAGCAUUGAAACCAAACGCCAAGAAAAAAAAUCAAGCAGAUUAUACGAAGCCUCAGACAGCCAGUGAAAUUGACAUCAAAAUACAAAAUUCAGUCGGUAAUUCCAACAAUUUAAAUAUAACAAAUCCUCAUUGGCUUCCACAAUCAUUUGAAAAAGAAAAAAUGUAAUCGCCGAAAACGGCACCGUAGAUCGCAAGGAAUCAGAUCCACAGGUUCCUAUCAGCAAGCGAAACAUGAGAUUGCUUUCGGUCCAAUCAUAGCAUCGCCGGUCACUGCUUUUUUUUUGCUACCGGCGACGUGGCAUCGGACCCGACGCCCCGUAAAUUAAGAAUUGAAACUGAUAAUGGUUUUUCAGAAACAAAAAAGUACCCUCAGAGACCCGUUUCAAAUCAAACACACAGCGGAACAAGCUUUUAGGAAUCCCCGCGUGGAUUCCCGGCCAAUCAC